AUGAUGCUGUUGGUGGCCCCACUUCUCUUCGUUGGUGCAGUGAAUGCCAUAUUUCCCAGAGCGUGCAUCUCAGAAUCUAACCUUAAGAACAAAGUAUGUUGUCCUGAUUACAAUGGGAGUCCUUGUGGAUUGAGCUCUGGGAGGGGAGAAUGCCGACCAAAUACACAAAGGAGGGCAGCAGGAGUCAUUCAUCUUUGGUAUGAUGACCGAUACAGCUGGCCAGAUCAUCACUUCAAUACCACUUGCUUGUGCAAAGCCAACUAUGAUGGCUACAACUGCGGGUACUGCAAGUCUGGAUACACAGGGCCAACCUGUUCAACUCGCUUAGUCAUAGUGAGACGGGAAAUCCGCGAGUAUUCGGUGCCCGAGAGGACGACUCUGUUCGCCAAGUUACAUUACUGCAAGACUGUGAUCAGCAAGGAGUACGUCAUCCUGACCACCGGAGACCGACUCCACCAGGACGCCUUCAAAUUCAAGGAUGCCUCUUACUACGAUAUCGCCUGCUUUGCCCAUUACUACGCUAUCAAACCCAUGGUUAAUAACAGCCAGAUCUUCUUCACCAUUAACUUUGCUCACUCCUCCUCAGCCUUCCUCCCCUGGCAUCGCAAAUUCCUCCUCUUCUUCGAGCAUCUGAUGCAGAUCUGUCUCAGUGACCCAACCUUUGCGGUUCCCUACUAUGACUGGCGAUUUGACAGUAAUUGUCCCAUCUGCACUGAUCCCUUUUUGGGUGACUCUGACAAGCAGGGAGCGCUAAGCAAAUACUCCGUUUUCUCCACUUGGAGGGCUAUAUGCGCCGAGUACGACUUCGAUGACCAGUAUUGCGUGAUGUCAGACUGCAUUUGCGAACGUGCAAAGAUCACCAGGAAACCUGGUUAUCAUCCCUUUUCCCGAAAACCUACAGGGGCCGACGUGGACAGGGCACUUACCUACAGCACUUACGAUACAUUCCCAUAUGAUCCAUCCUCAACACGGUCCUUCCGCAACAUCCUGGAAGGUUUCAUGUCUGCUGUGGAUGGGGUGACCAGAACGACAGGGCUGCACAACCUGUUCCAUGUCUACUGUGGGGGCACCAUGACUCAAGUUCCCAUCUCGGCCAAUGACCCCAUGUUUUAUUUGCACCACGCUUUCGUUGACAAGAUCUUUGAAGUGUGGAUCCGUAGAUACGGUGUCACCCCGGCUGAGUAUCCACCCAACACCAUCUAUGGCCACGGGCCUAAUGAAUGCAUGCCGCCAUUUUUCCCCUGCUGCGUGACCAGAGAUUACCUCACAACGAGCAUAGCCCUGGGAUAUGACUACUCUUUUUAUAAUCACUUCUAGUACGGAAAUCAGGACAGUAGAGUAAAAAAAGGAUAGAUUAAUGUUUAGAAUUAAAAUAAAUUGUGGAUUACAGAGUGUUCUGUAUAUGG